AUAGUCGAAGUGGGCAGUGCCUAGCACAACAUCUAAAGAAGAAUCUCUAAUGGAAAAACGCUCUGAGAGGAUCAGGCAACGGCUUCGGGCUGCGCAGCUGGAGGAGAACACAAAACAGGCUGCUAGCAAUAUGGCUUUGGUGAAUAAGGUUCUUUUGGGCGGGAAAGCAAAGAAUGUGCCUGAGGAUGAGGCGUUCCCAGUCUCAUCGGAUAAGGACCUUGUAGCUUUAGAGCUGAAAAUAAGCGAGUCCGAAGAGUCCAAAAAACGCUACAUUAAAGCAGUAACAAAACUUUUAAAACGCAACAAUUUGUCGAAGACAAUCAAGAGCGUGAUGGCGGAACAGCUCUUGUGCGCUUACAAUAUAAGCGGCCGUAACGGGAGGAAGGCUUUAAAAUCAUUUCCACAAUUCUUCUCAGUUUUGAUUGAUUGCAUUGGUUCCUUAGUAGGCCAGCAGGCAGCGGAGAGGGCCCUGUCCCACGCACUUGGAUGCGUAAAAAAUAACGCAAACAAAAAAAAGAAAAAAACGAUGUAAAUUAAGAAAGUACAUACAUACAUAUGUAUCUAGCAUCCCGAAAUCCCUUACAAAUCUUAACAACAAUUCAAACUACCAGUCAACAAUAAGAAACCGUGUCUCUAACCACUUUCCAAAAAUGAACCUUAUCUGGAUCCUCAGUGAAAUUAAGAACUAUGUACAUACAUAUGUACGUAUUUCUUCUAAAACACCACAUCUAUACAUUAUGGAUAACUAUUAAGUUGUAGGGCGUGACACUUAACGAGGAGAUGGCCAUUAUGUUGGGAUGACUAUAAAGCCUUUUGGCAUAUUGCGCGCUGCUCUUCUUCACCUCUUCCCUGACCCAAGCGAAGCCUAGGACCUCGUUGAUGGUGGAUUUGUCGUGCAGCACGUGGGCUCCGGUAUUAUUUCGAUAUUGGACUUACUGGCCGUUCCCCAGAUCGGCCUGACGAUCGGAUUAUAUAUAAGAAGAUUUGUGGAUGUCCGCAACUUGGACCCUCUGCCUAUAUGCCAGUAGAAUAAUUUUAGUCGGUAGUCUGGCUUUUCUCAAUUGGUGCGGCUUGCAGUUGAGACUCCUGAUACCUAGGUAAUUCGGAGUGGCUUCCUCUGGGAUUGUAGCGUGGCCCAGGCUGAUGAAGGGACAAUGCCCGCUAAGUUCCACCUUUUCUGCCAGGAGUUGCGCAGGCCAGCUGUGCCUGUAUUAGUGGCCUCGAUUGUUGUGUUCCAGGAAGGCUGUGUCUGCGUCUGCGUAUGUGGCUGCCAUUAAGGAUGGGCUCUGCAACACAUGAAGAUUCGCCGUGAACGCGCAUCAUUAUACUAAAUCAUCACUAAGCAACUCCACAUCAUAAUUAACUGUCCUCCCCUUUCGCUACGUAAAACAGUUGCUCUUCGUACAAUCUGAACAAGUAAUGCCACUGCUAAUUUAACAAAACUUCAACCAAUUCCAUAAAAUAAAAAUCUACAUAU